UGUUUUCUUUUUGUGUGUGGGAAGGAAAGGUAAGAGAUUGGUUAGUUAACUUUUACUGAUGUUCAGUUAACGUACCUUAACAUGAUUUGUUUUCCACGGUUAUAACCUAUAAGUUUAAUUAGUGGGUGAAUUAACAAUUUAAAAAUGUUCACCACGAAAUCGUUCAUAAAGAAAAAUAAAGUGGGAAAUUUUUUGAAACAUGUGCGUGAACAUUAUAUCAGAGACGAUAUUUCCUGCGGAUGUCCUCAGUGUUCAAGCUGCGAAAAUACCUGUACAAAUUUGACCCUCGACCACAUAAAUAAGUGUUCUCUCGUUGAGUCGAACCAUUUCAUCAUUCUAGACACCAACAUAAUACUUCACCAAAUAGAUAUUUUGGAAGAAUCAGUUCUUGGCAAUGUUAUAAUUUUGCAUACCGUAUUUAAAGAAGUUAAGCAUCGUAAUAUGCCCAUUUACAAAAGACUAAACAGUAUUAUCGAGAAUCCAGACAGACACUUUUACAUUUUCAUCAAUGACCACCACAAGGAUACAUAUUUGCCUGAAGAAGAUGGAGAACUGGUAAAUGACUAUAAUGAUAGAUGUAUCCGGAAGGCUUGCCGAUGGUACAUUAAGCAUCUACCAAGUUUAAGGUUUGUUUUGUUAACAGACGAUGUUAAUAAUAGACGUAUAGCUAAGCAAGAGAAUAUACCAUCUUAUUCAAUUACUGAAUAUGUGAAAAAUAUAGAAAAUAACAGCAUGUUGCAAGACAAAUUGUCCAAAAGCGAGACUCAUCAUUCAGGGGGCAAAGAGGUUUUCCCGCCCCAUUUAAGCACUGUAGAAUUGCUCGAAGGCGUCAGAGAAGGAAAAUUGUAUCAAGGUACUUACAGAGCUUCUAGAGAUAACUUUUUAGAAGGGUUCGUCAAUGUCGAAUCAAUUGAUGAUCAGGUGAUAGUUCAGGGUAGGAAUGGAUUAAAUAGGGCCGUUGAUGGCGAUAUUGUGGCUAUUGAGUUAUUAAAUAAAGACGAAUGGGUCUCGCCUAGUGAUAUAGUGCUAGAAGAUGCAGGAAUUUCAGAAGAAAAUGUUGAAGAUAUAGAAGAGCAGGAAAAGGAGCUGAAACAGACAGGGAAAAAGAAAAAAGGCGACAUUAAACCUACAGGUAAAAUUGUGGGAGUAAUCAGAAGAAAGUGGCGGCAAUAUUGCGGUAUUUUGCAAGGAGGUUCGGACGGCGUUUAUCAAUUGUUUGUGCCGGCCGACCGAUCCAUACCGAAGAUUGUUAUCGAAACACGUCAGGCAGAGUUUCUAAGAACUCAAAAAUUCAUCGUCGCCAUAGAUUCUUGGCCGAGACACUCGCGGUACCCCCACGGUCAUUUCGUUAGGGCUUUGGGCCGGAUCGGGAGCCAAGAUACGGAGAACGAGGUGGUACUGUUAGAACACGACGUGCCUCAUAGCCAGUUCUCGGAAGAAGUGCUGAGCUGUUUGCCGAAACUACCUUGGGUUAUAACGGAGGAAGACGAAAAACGAAGGGUGGACCUUAGGCACGUGGAUAUUUGUUCGGUGGAUCCGCCCGGUUGUACCGAUAUAGACGACGCCCUCCAUUGUCGCCCUAUCGCCGACGGCAAGCUAGAAGUCGGCGUUCACAUAGCCGACGUAUCUCAUUUCAUCCGUCCGGGUACCGCUAUCGAUUUAGAAGCCGCUUCUCGAGCCACCACAGUUUAUCUGGUCAACAAACGGAUAGACAUGGUUCCCGAGUUACUCAGCUCGAAUUUGUGCUCGUUAAGGGGUGGCGAGGAGAGAUUCGCCUUCUCCUGCGUCUGGGAGAUGGACCUCGAAGCUAACAUUUUGAAUACGCGAUUUCACAAGAGCAUAAUUAGGUCCAGGCAAGCGAUGACUUACGAAGAAGCGCAGCUGACGAUAGACGACAAAACGAAAACCGAUUCUAUCGCUGAAUCGUUGAGAAAUUUAAACAAACUGGCGAAGAUCCUCAAGAGAAAGAGGUUGGAGAACGGGGCGCUGGUUCUAGCAUCGACCGAGGUCAAAAUCCUCAUGGAUUCCGAGACGAUGGAACCGAUAGACGUGGCCGUUAAAAAAAUGUACGAGACCAACUCGAUGGUAGAGGAGUUCAUGUUGCUCGCGAACAUAAGCGUCGCGGAGAAGAUUCUGCAAGAGUUUCCCGAUUGCGCGAUGCUUAGACGGCAUCCCGAACCGCCAGCUACCAAUUUUGAUCCGCUGGUGAAGGCGGGCCGUCAUCUGGGAUUCGAUAUUAAAGUGGACUGCGGGAAAAACCUCGCGGAAUCCUUAGAUAAGGCCGUGAAAAAAGACAAUCCCUAUCUGAACACCAUGCUCAGAAUGUUGGCCACCAGGUGUAUGAUGCAGGCCGUUUACUUCCCGAGCGGGACGUUACAGAAGGAAGAGUACUUCCAUUACGGCCUAGCCGUGCCUCUAUAUACACAUUUUACGUCGCCCAUUCGAAGGUACGCCGAUAUCAUCGUCCACCGAUUGUUAGCGGUCACUUGCGGUUCGGACUCGACGUAUCCUGACUUGUUGGAUAAGAAGAAGAGCAACGAUUUGUGUCAGAACUUGAACUACAGGAACAGAAUGGCUCAGUACGCCGGACGAGCAUCGGUCGCUUUUAACACGCACUUAUUCUUCAAGGGCAAACUGAACGACGAGGAGGGAUACGUUUUGUAUGUUAGAAAGAACGCCGUGCAGAUUUUGAUCCCGAAAUACGGUCUCGAGGUGACACUCUAUUUGGCGGAGAAGAACGGGAAGACGUUGUUCGAGUACGACGAAGAAAGGCAGACUCAGAAGGCGGGGGACGUGGUGCUGCACACUUUCGACCAGGUCACCGUUCGUUUAAAGCUCGACUCCAGCAAUAUCCAGCACGAAAAGUUCACGGUUCAGCUGGUCAAGCCUUUCAUCGACGGCUUCGGCGUGUUACCUUUGAGUCAAUUGGAGGGCGUGGCUCAAGCGGAGGGCGAAAGCAAAAAGAGGAAGAGCGCCGGAAAGAACAACCCAAAACGCAACAAGAAAAGAUAAAUGUUAUUCUGUCAAUAAAUCGUUUGUUUUAGGUUUCAAAUUUUAAUUCGUACAACUCGCAUGGACCUUUUUUGAAAGCACCCGCAAGUGUGGACUGCCGUCCGUAUUUAAUACGUCGUCCUGUU